AUGGCACUAACCGGGAAUACUAUGCUCGCCAAUGGCCCUUCAACAAUGCUUAUUGAUUCAAUCAAAUCCGAAGUCGAAAAAGUCCGCUUGAAAGAUCUUUUGUAUGUUGUCUUCUGUUUUGAUAAGUGUGGAACCCAAUUAGUGGUUAAAGAGGCUAAAGAGAAUCCUAGUCGUAAUGAUAAGUUGGCCCUUAAGAAGGAAGAAGUCCUUCGGGAACGUUUUGCUACUUUCAAAACUCUAAUUAGGAGUUUGGGUGGUUGCUAUGCUAUUUUUGAUUUUGAAACGGGAGCUGAAUGUGGCACCCCUCGUUCUAUCUUCUUUUUAGUGAUCGUUGUUCCUGAUGAUUUGGAUGUCCGUACUCGUUUUCUCUACUCUUCUAAUGCCCAGAAGAUUGCUGAUCAAGUAGGUAUUGCCGUUAAGCAAGUACAAAUUAACCAACAUGACGAUCUGACUUACGACUAUCUGAAACAGAUGUGUCUUUCCUUGAAAAAAGGCUAA